AUGGCUCAAAAGGAAUCGCCCUCAGCCGGCGAUAACAGCGAGAUGGUUUGUGGAAAUAACAUGAAAAAGUCUCUCCACACCCAACGGAUGCUGUCGGCUUUCGAUAUGGUGGGGUAUGUGACGCAAGCCCAACAUCUCAGCUCUGCUGUAGCAACGGAUUUCUCCAGCGAGGAUGAGCAAAACCAUUAUUUCGGCUCGUCGGAUGAAUCCGAAGAGUUUGGCAGCAAGUUUUUUCAUCAAGCUGCAGCUCGCUCCUACCGGGAACGUAUGUUUGACUUCAGUACGGUCGGACCCGAGCGGAUGUGGUUGAAAAAUUUACUACUCUCCGAAACGGACACCGAAAGCGAUAUCUCGGACGUGGAAGAUUAUCUCCAACGAAUGCUGAAGGAACAUGUACGAGAGAAAAAGAUUCGGGCGAGGUUCAAGGAUGCUCUACACAACUCACAGUACGCCUACUACAGUGCCGGCUUGCUGUCGGAUAAUGAUAUUUUCCCCGAACAUCGACGUACCGGAGCUGGGAAGCGGAAGUGCAAAAUUGACCAUGGCACUGGCAAAACAAAAGGUGUAAGGAAAAAGUUAAAACAUGCCAAAAAGCGAAGCGAUGUCGAGGGAAACAGCUACUCCGUCGAUGGUACCAGCUCGUCGAUUCGUGGACCAAUGUUUGGAGACAAGAAAGCGCAAAAGCUGCUACACCUACAGCGUGGCCGUCCAGUAUCAUCGAAACAUUCGGAUGGCAGUGGUUUUGAACAUCUGACCGAUCAAGACGGUUCAUCGGUGGGAGGUAAACGUGGGCGUAAAAUGCGCCUGAAAACACCGGAAGCAUUAAAUAUUCGACGGCGUAAAAUGUGGCAACUUAUGGCAAAGAAGGAAGUAGGUAAACUGCAACGUGCCAAGGCGAACAACCACAAAGACACCAUUACGAACUGUCGGCGAGUGGCGGCCCUUUGCAUGCGGGUCGCCCGCCAAAAGGCGAUGCAAUCCCAGAAGCUGAUGAAGGACACGGUUUGGCGGGCGAAACGGUUAACGCGCGAGAUGCAGGUAUACUGGAAGCGGUACGAUAAGGUUGAGCGAGAAACAAAGCGCCGCAUGGAGCGGGAAGCCGAAGAGCAGCGCAAAAUCGAUGUGGAGAUCGUGGAAGCUAAGCGCCAGCAACGAAAGCUGAACUUUCUCAUCACCCAAACGGAACUGUACGCACACUUUAUGUCGCGCAAGCUGGGCAACGUGUCGGCGGAGGAGCAGCUUAAGAUUCUUUCGCAGCUGGACGAGGAAAGCAAUCCGCGGCUAGCUGCCAUCGACAAUUACGAUUGUGAGCGUAUGAAACAGUUAGCGCAGAAGAAUGCGACUGAAGCGUUCCGCAAUGAGCGAGCCCGAACGAAUCAGUUUGAUGUGGUGAUGGAUUCCGCGUCACCGGUGAAUGACGCUUCUGCAUUAUCGCUGGAUGUGUCGAAGGUCAGCGCAACGGAUGAAAUUCCAGUGAGCAAGACCGAACCAAGCGGUGGAAUCGCUGAACUACCGCAGCCAUCCAUGUUCCGCGGUCGAUUAAAAGGAUACCAGUUGAAGGGUGUGGCGUGGCUUGCGAAUUUAUACGACCAGGGCAUCAGUGGCAUACUGGCUGAUGAGAUGGGACUUGGCAAAACGGUCCAGUCGAUUGCGUUUCUUUGUCACAUCGCCGAACAUUAUGGCGUUUGGGGACCAUUUUUGGUCAUUUCGCCUGCUUCCACGCUGCAUAACUGGCAGCAGGAAAUGGAACGGUUCGUGCCAGAGUUUAACGUCGUACCGUACUGGGGUUCACCGAACGAACGCAAAAUUUUGCGCCAGUUCUGGGAGCAGAAGCAUCUGCACACGAAGGAUGCUAGCUUUCACGUGGUCAUCACUAGCUACCAGCUCGUAGUCACCGACUAUAAGUACUUUAAUCGCAUAAAGUGGCAAUAUAUGGUGCUGGAUGAGGCUCAAGCAAUCAAAAGCUCCAGCUCAAUGCGCUGGAAGCUGCUGCUCGGAUUUAACUGCCGCAACCGACUGUUACUGAGCGGAACACCGAUACAGAAUAGUAUGGCCGAGCUGUGGGCAUUGCUGCAUUUCAUUAUGCCGACACUGUUCGAUUCCCACGAAGAGUUCAAUGAAUGGUUUUCGAAGGACAUCGAAAGCCAUGCCGAAAACAAAACGGGUAUAGACGAAAAGCAAAUAUCAAGGCUGCACAUGAUCUUGAAACCGUUCAUGUUGCGAAGGAUAAAGAAAGACGUGGAAAACGAGCUGUCGGACAAGAUCGAAAUAAUGGUGUACUGUCCGCUGACGACACGCCAAAAACUUCUGUACGUAGCGUUGAAGAAGGAAAUUUGCAUCGAAGAUUUGCUCCAUCUGACCACAGUUGGUGGUGGCAGUGGCGAUGGUCAGUCGAUCGAUCGCAAUUUUACCUCUAAUCUGAUGAACCUUGUGAUGCAAUUUCGCAAAGUGUGCAAUCAUCCGGAGCUGUUCGAGCGACGCGAUGUGCGCAGUCCGUUCUGUAUGAAAUGGAGCUACGAAUUGUCCGAGCGGCCUAUAUUUCGAAGGCAACUUUUAAUGGAGCACACCGUACCGAGUAAACGUCAUUGGCUGCAUAAUAGAUACUACAUAUUUAACGCUUUGUUGGUGCAAAGACGCAUAACCGAGGCAGACGGCAACGAUACCAGUGUACCUGUAGAAAAGAGCCGUUCCAAAGUACUCAACACUGCCGGUUGCACUGGGUCAGCGUUACGACGGAUGUCACACUCCAAUAGACGGUGGAAUGGAAAUGAAACUACAGUGACACAAGAACGGCAACUGAGCGAAUAUGUGCAUGCAUCGUACCCACCGCACGGAUGGUCGAAUAUUAUCAUUCCGGACAAACAGACGCUCGUGUCUGAUGCAGGCAAACUGGCUGUAUUAGAUUCGUUGCUGGCACGCCUUAAAGAACAAGGCCACCGUGUGCUCAUAUACUCCCAAAUGACGAAAAUGAUCGAUUUGCUAGAGGAGUAUAUGUGGCACAGAAAACACCGGUACAUGCGGUUAGAUGGUUCGAGCAAAAUUUCCGAGCGUCGAGACAUGGUGGCCGACUUUCAAAAUCGAGCCGACAUUUUUGUCUUUCUGCUUUCUACCCGCGCCGGCGGUUUGGGUAUCAACUUAACUGCAGCAGAUACUGUGAUUUUCUACGACUCAGAUUGGAAUCCAACGGUGGAUCAACAGGCGAUGGAUCGUGCCCAUCGAUUAGGUCAAACGAAGCAGGUUACCGUCUAUCGGCUUAUCUGCAAGGGUACGAUAGAAGAAAGGAUACUGCAACGGGCACGUGAAAAAAGCGAAAUUCAACGAAUGGUUAUCAACGGGGAUAAUUUCAAACCAGAUACGCUCAAACCAAAGGAAGUUGUUUCUCUACUGCUUGACGAUGAAGAAAUCGAGUUGAAGUAUCGCCAGAAAACGGAGGAACGCCGAUUAAUGGAAGAUCCUGUAGCAAAAUCGACCAAGGAACGAGAUCGUAAACAGAAGCAAUCGUCGGGAAAAGAACCGACAGGGAAAGAUCGCAAACGAACAGGGGAGCCAGGAACAACGUGUGAUGAGUCUGGUGGUUUUGGUGAUUCCGCCGCUCCAAGUCCUGCGCAAAGCGAACGUUCGAAUCUCAGCGAUAACACGAACAAAGCGUUGGACGCGCUGGACGAUUCCAGCAAUGAAGCAUCUUCGAUGUCGUUCGACAUGCACCGUGAACAGCGGGACAAUAAAGUGCGACAAGUUACACGUGGUGCUAGUAAACGAGGAAGACCUCGUGGGUCUAGAAGAGGUGGUACAGGUAGUACUAGACCGGUAGCAACCGAACAACAAGCUACCUCUGACAAAGACAACGGUCCUGCGGUUUCGUCGUUAUCUGCAGUUCCGCUAGCCGCACCGGUUUCUACCGUUGCUCAGGUGAGGCGCGGUCCGGGACGACCACGUUUAAAAACAAACGGCCCCAGCAAUCAGGGUACACGCGGUCCGUACGCACGGCAGACCAUACGGAUACGAAAACCAAUCGGCCCACUUGUCGUACCGCUGGGUGGUCAAACAACAACGGGUGGUGGAGCUAGUCGUUUGUUGCCGUCGUCGUCUCCCAGUACCCAGGCGAAAUCGGCCGCUCCAUCCAAUUCAUCCUACCUUCAUCCGGCUUCAGCACAGUCACCACACAUCGCAGCACAAUCCAAACAGCCGGCACGGGGUAGUAGUAUUGUAAACGCCGUUAGAAAUACCUCCCAAACCGUCCCUUUCACGGACAAUCCGAAAAGCCGACAGCAACCGAUACCACCGACGGAGAACGAUAGUGGUACAGAGUAA